UGUCAGUUCUUUGUCACCAACACGCCGUUGCUGCCCAAAAGCAGUAGACGUUCACUAUGAGCGACUUCACCUGCAUUAUUUUUUACAACUGCUCGGGUACAUUGAACGACAUCGAAGGCGGCGGGAGGUGGCCUCCGAAUCGGUGCAUUGAAGAGAAGAGAGCCAUGGCUUCCCUCAAGGACAAACUUAUUACACCUGUCACCCAGCCGGCAACUCAACCAACCAGCAAGGUCACUGUGGUGGGGGUCGGCCAGGUUGGCAUGGCCUGUGCCAUCAGCGUCUUGGAAAAGGGUCUCUGUGAUGAACUUGCACUGGUGGAUGUCCUAGAAGACAAACUGAAGGGUGAAAUGAUGGAUCUACAGCAUGGAAGCUUAUUUCUGAAAACAAAUAAGAUUGUAGCGGGCAAAGAUUAUGCUGUCACUGCUAACUCUAAGGUGGUUGUGGUGACCGCCGGAGUCCGCCAGCAAGAAGGGGAGAGCCGUCUUGAUCUUGUGCAAAGAAACGUGAAUGUCUUCAAGUUCAUCAUCCCACAGGUGGUGAAGUACAGUCCAGACUGCAUCAUCUUGGUUGUUUCAAACCCAGUGGAUAUCCUGACCUACGUUACAUGGAAACUGAGUGGACUUCCUAAGCAUCGUGUCAUUGGCAGUGGCUGCAACCUUGACUCUGCGCGAUUUCGCUUUCUGAUGGGAGAAAGGUUGGGCAUCCAUCCCAGCAGCUGUCAUGGUUGGAUCUUGGGAGAACAUGGCGAUUCCAGUGUGGCUGUUUGGAGUGGCGUUAAUGUUGCUGGAGUUUCCCUCCAGGAGCUAAACCCUGCAAUGGGGUCUGACCAAGAUUCAGAGGGCUGGAAGCAAGUGCAUAAGCAGGUGGUUGACAGUGCCUAUGAGGUGAUCAAACUGAAAGGCUAUACCAACUGGGCCAUUGGCUUAAGUGUUGCUGACCUGCUAGAAACCAUAAUGAAGAACCUUUGCCGAGUUCAUCCAGUAUCCACCAUGGUCAAGGGCAUGUAUGGCAUUGAAAAUGAAGUCUUCCUGAGCCUUCCGUGUGUGCUGGGAUCCGUUGGCUUGACCAGUGUGAUCAAUCAAAAGCUGAAGGACAGCGAAGUGGCUCAGCUCCAGACAAGUGCCACCACCUUGUGGAAUGUCCAGAAGGAUCUCAAAGACCUGUAGGAAUAGGAAUGUUUCCUUUCUUCCACCAAGGAGAAGACAACCAGUGUUCAAAGUUGAAACCUACGCUUUUGAAGUGAGCCUUCCUUGUUUAACUCUGUAGCUGAGCUUCCAGUAGUCAUCCCCAGAUGGUCCACCACAUCCACCACAGCUAAGAUGUGUGCUUGUUGUUCUUGCAGACUUGUUGAACAAAUAAAACCAGCCGUUUGCGUGUG